GAGCUAUCACUGUCCAGAGCUCAGAACGUUCAGCUCAGUGCUCUGAAGACGCGCGCCAAGUGCAGACGGAAUAGCCAAAUUGUGUCGCGAAAACCGUUCGUGUUGUGUGGCCAAUAACCAGCGUGGUGCCAAAAAUGCGGUCCCUUACAAGUAAUGCGCUGCUGGUUAUGAUAGCAUGCUUCACCUUAUUCGCGAGAAACGGUUGCACUAGAUUCGCACAGGUUGGUCCCUUAAUGACGCGCAAACGAGCACUAUCACCUGCAUCGCAACUGGUUCCAUCAAAUUCGCAGCUCAAGAUGCCAGCCAUCAGAGACGAGACAUCUCACCUGGGAGAUAGCAGUGGAGGCACCGAAUAUCUCGAAACACCGGACAAAUCCCUCUCGGAUAGGAAGUUGUACAGGUCUAUCCGUCUGCCCACAGGUUUUCGCGCACUCCUUAUAUCGGAUCCUACAGAUCGGCCCCGGAAGUUGUUACCCACCAAUAGCAGCAGUACGUUUGAUGAAAGUGACGAUGCAGCGAGUGUAACUUCCGCUACAAAUGAGCUGGAUGAGAGCAGUGGCGGUGGCAGUGAUGACGAAGCGAGCGUAGCUGGGGAAGGUUCAGAUGAGGAUGGCGAGAAACUUGCCGCCGCAGCUCUGUCCAUCGGGGUAGGAUCCUUUAGCGAUCCCAGAUCGGUACAGGGCCUAGCCCAUUUCCUAGAACACAUGAUUUUCAUGGGUAGUGAAAAGUAUCCAACCGAAAACGAGUAUGACGCCUACAUAAGGAAAUGCGGUGGUUCGGAUAAUGCUGUUACCGAUUUAGAAGAAACUACUUUCUUUUUCGAAAUCGAUGAAGAAUACUUGGACGGUGCUUUGGACCGUUUUUCGAACUUGUUUGCAUCUCCGUUAAUGCUUCGAGAUUCAAUCAGUCGCGAGCGGGAUGCCGUAGAAUCUGAGUUCCAAACAAACAUCAACAGCUUUUCAUCGAUGCGUGAACAGUUAAUGGCUUCACUUGGCCAGGAGGAUCAUCCAUGCAGCUUAUUUACCUGGGGUAAUUUACGUACCCUCAAGGAUAACAAAACCGAAGACGAUCUCUACAGUAUCUUGCACGACUUUCGUCGACGAUACUACUCCGCUGAUCGUAUGCAUUUUGCCAUUCAAGCCCGAAUGAGUCUCGAUGAACUGGAAGCUUUAGUAGUUAAAUAUUUCUCAAAUAUUCCAAGCAAUAAUUCCUCAUCUAAUGAUUUCACCAAAUUCAAUGAAAAAAAUGCAUUUAAGCCGGAGUUCUACAACAAGGUUUAUUUUAUGAAAGCGAAAUCCAACAUCUGCCGGCUAGAUGUUACCUGGUGUUUACCGCCCAGUGUGGAGGAUUAUAAAGUGAAACCGGUCGAUUACUUAUCGUAUCUCCUCGGCUAUGAAGGAAAAUACAGUUUAACAAGUUACUUAAGGAAUAGAACGCUUGCCUUAGAUGUACAAACCGGAGCGAGCUAUGGAUUCGAAAAGAAUACACUUUACACGCUGUUUUCGGUAUCCGUUACCAUGACAGAUAAAGGGUUUGACAAUGUGGACCAAAUUCUACACGCAAUUUACGCCUAUGUGAGACUAUUGAAGGAAACGGGACCGGUGGAAUGGCUUUUCGAAGAGCUCAAAGAUAUAGAAGACACCUCGUUCCGGUACCGCAAAGAAAAAGAAGCUACCGACAAUGUGGAGGAGUUGGUUGUCAACAUGCGUUACUAUCCAUCGAAAGACAUUAUAACGGGCUCAGAAUUGUAUUUCCAUUACGACGCCAACAGUGUGCAAAAAGUAAUUGAUAAUCUAAAUGAACCAAAUUUCAACAUUAUGAUUUCGUCAUCGAAACCCUACAAAAAUGUAGUUUAUGAUAAGGAAGAACAUUGGUUUGGUACUGAAUACGCAGAACGAGAUGUACCACAAGAAUGGCGUACUCUCUGGGAAAAUACAACCCCUAUUGCUGAGCUUAAACUACCAGAGAAAAAUAUAUACAUCAGUACUGAUUUUACUAUCCUAGCUCACAAAAAUGCAACGGAAGCAAAUUUGAUACCUCUGUUCCCAGAAAAGUUGUUGCAUAAUGAAAUCUAUGAGCUUUGGUUCCGGCAAGAUAACAAAUUCAACCUUCCUUUAGCGAUGAUGUAUUUUUACUUCGUUUCUCCGUUACUGGUGGAAAGUGCAAGAGAUGCAACUUUAGCCAGUUUAUACACAGCUAUGCUGAAAUUUCAAAUAGCGGAAGACCUUUAUCCUGCUACAGUCGCUGGUUUGAAUUAUGAAAUUUUUGCAUCAGAAAAGGGAUUGGUAUUGAAGGUUGAUGGCUACAAUGAAAAAUUACCCGUCGUAGUAGAUGUAAUAACGCAGGCAAUGAAAAACUUCAAAAACAAUAUGAAUCCUGAUGUAUUCGAUGUUAUUAUAAAGAAAAUGACAAAAACGUAUUACAACGAAAUAAUAAAGGCUAGCAAACUAAACCGAGAUAUUCGUUUGAAGGUAGUUCAACAAACUUAUUGGACCACCAUAGAUCGAUUCCUUGAGUUGAAAAAUUUGACUAUGGAAGACCUAGCAGCGUUUUCUGACAAAUAUUUCCGUCAAGUUAAAAUUCAAACUCUUAUUCAAGGAAACAUCAAGAAAGAAGAUGCGGUGACAGUGAUGGAAACCGUGAUGUCUAAUUUGAAUUGCGGAGCUAUUCAAAACAAAACUCUAGUGGAAUCAAGAGCCAGAGAAAUACCACUAGGUGAUUUGUACCUAGUAGUCAAAUCAUUUCGUGAUAAUGAUGUGAAUACUGUCACUACGAAUUUUUAUCAGGCUGGUCCUGUAACACCAUUGUUAAAUGCUCAGUUGGAAAUUUUAGUCAUGCUACUCGAAGAACCUUUGUUUGAUAUUCUACGUACCAAGGAACAACUUGGUUACGAUGUAUCCACAACAAUCCGUGAUAAUUUCGGGAUACUUGGGUUUUCUAUAACUAUUCACUCACAGGAGGACAAGUUUACCUACAGACACAUUGAUGAACGUAUUGAAGAUUUCAAUCAUAAAUUUCUUGAAAUAUUGGAAAAAAUGCCAGAUACGGAUUAUGAUAUAAUGAAGAGCUCACUCUUGAAACGUAAACAAAUUGUAGAUACUGAACUGAAAACCGAGGUCAGCCGAAACUGGGCUGAAAUAACUACCGAAGAAUACAUCUUCAACCGGAAUAAACUUGAGAUGGCCCACAUCGAAAAUCUUACUAAAACGGACGUUAAACAGUUCUAUGAACAGUUGCUAUUCGAUAAUCACCACCGGCGAAAAAUGGCUGUUCAGGUAGUUGGAUCUUCAGAAAAAUCGAACCAUCAUUUGACUGCUAGCGACGGUGCGGAAAGUGAAGAUUUGCAACGCGAUUUCUCCAUCCAAUACUUGACGGAAAAUUCCACUCGAAAGUUCAUAGGCGAUAUCGUUGACUUUGGAAAAAUGCUAGUAGUUUACCCAGUUACCAAAAUUCAGUUCUAAAACAUUAUAGUUGAGAA